UGACAGCUGCUGUGGCUGACAGUGUGCAGAGUGAUACAAAAUCCAUGUUCAGUUGCUAGAUGGGGCAGAAUAGACAUCUCUGAAGAGAAAAGUUUUCAGGGAUUGCCUAAAAAUGGACAGAGUAGGAGAUAGCCGGACAGAUGGGGUAGGGUCACAGGGGCAGACUGGCCAUUUGGGAACUAGGGCAAUGCCCGAGGGCCCGGGGUCAGUAGGGGGCCCCAUGAGAUGCCCCUGGUACCUUUUUCAUAGGCUUUUUUGAGUUUAGGCAAGGACACAGGGGCCCCAUGGUCCCCUAUUGCCCGGGGGCCCCAU